CCGCCGUCGCCAUCACCUUUACACGCCGCCGCCGCCGCCGCGGACCGACAGUCGACUUGAGCGCAUCACGUCGUUACCUUUUCGGUGGUGGUCGUCGUCGUCGCCACCGCCGCUGCCGACACAGACGUCGCCGACCUGUGCCAGUGGUCGGACGUGACGGUUUUCAUUUGGCGCGCACUCGUCAUAUCGACAUCACGAAGCCGUAGUGGACGGACAACCGGCCAUGCGGCCACCACCAGACCGGGGACCCGGGCCGCCACGCGGUGCGACGACUCUCCACGCGAUCGUGGCCGUCCUCCUGGCGGCCGCUCUCUUGACGGACGGUGCGUUCGCCGAGAAGAACAAGUUCUAUGAAAUGCAAACUAUAUGCAAAACUCAUUUUCUGCAACAAGUGUACAGGAAAAUUGAAGGGGCAGUAUUGGACUCACAAAACGAACGGAACUUGGAUUGUGUGACGACUUUUCAAACACAUUCCAUCCUACAGAGGUUUAUGAUACAUUUUGAUCGUUUGCAAUUGGACUGCAAUGAUCAUUUGUUCAUAUUCGAUGGCGCCCAUGCGGUUGGACAGCAUAAGGCCGACAUCACGUGCAGCAGUACGAAACAAUCCGUCGGCGUGAUAUUUACGCGUACGAAUUUUGUCACGCUCAAGUACGUGACAGAUUCGUGGGGCACGCGUGUCAACGGUUUUAGAUUAAUUAUAACCGCCUUCAAAGAUCCUUUUGUUCCAGUCCACAAUUGCAGGGAAUUCAAAUGUCAAACGAUGUCGCAAUGCAUCUCCAACGACCUAGUGUGCGACAACAUCAACCACUGUCCCGACGGUACGGACGAAGCGACAACGCCAACUUGUCAAGGUGCUUCGUCGUUGACACUGUUGGGCAUUAACAUCACCAUACUCGUAGUCGCCUCGCUUGUUGUAGUCUCAAUAUUGGGCGUGUGCGUUAUCGUGUUGACCGUUUACUGCAUAUGUUACCGGACGUCGAAUGGUACGAUCCCAACUUCCAGGCAUAGCGCCUCGUUGCACGACACGUCAAACAAUUUUCAAAUGAUUGGCGUAAAUGGAAUUGGACGGUCGGGAAACUGGCAGCACCCUGCGGGCCAACAGCUAGGGUACAGCUCGGCACGGGUCCGUCUCUACUGCCAGGCAAAGUGAAAUAUACUGGCUCUGACAGCGAUAAUUCCUCAGCUCAUAAAGAGGAAUGGUUCGUGUAGGGAUGGCCUAAACCGUAGCCCAGCAGGGUGUUACCGGUAGUACCUCGCCAGGCCGGCAAAUGCAGCAUUCGGAUUGUUGCACUUUCCUAUAAACUUUUUUUUUGCCUAUAAUAUUUAUGUUCAAAAAAAUUAACUUCAUCAGUUUUUGUAUACUUUUA